CCAGAGGCAUUCAGAAUGGUCCAGUGUUUGACAAACCAUCGUAGGCUGUCCUACAAUGCAGCCUCUAACAAAACUAGGCUGUCCCGAACCCCUGGUAACAGAAUUGUUUACCUUUAUACCAAGAAAGUUGGGAAGGCAUCAAAAUCUGCAUGUGGCGUGUGCCCAGGCCAACGUCGAGGAGCCCGCAUCGUGAGACCUAACGUUCUUACACGACGGUCUAAAACAAGGAAGCACGUCAGCCGGGCUUGUGGUGGCUCCACGUGUGCUCCACGCGUCUGUGACAGGAUCAAGGAUGCUUUCCUUAUUGACGAGCAGAAAGUCAUUGUGAAAGUGUUGAGAUCACGAGCACAGAGUCAGAAAGCUAAAUUUAAAAAUGAAGCUUUUUUGAGUAAUAAAAAAGUGAAAAAGAGGGGGAAAAAAGAAACAUUUAGUCCUUGGCAGAGGGGUGGGAAAGGUUUCCACAAAACCUGGGGGAAGCAGAAUCAGCCGUGAUGGAAGAAGGCAGGAGAGCUGAAAGCACCCUCCCUCAGCCCCUCCUCCCCCUGCAGGGGAUUCCACGUUGCACCCUGGGAGUUCCCCGUCUGGUUCUGGGUUAAAUGCCUGGGGCUGAAUUAGGCCAACAGUGCGUGACAGAUGUGAGCCUUCUCAUCCGCGGGCCAGCCCCGGGCUCUGCGAACUCUUCUCUGCCCAGCUCCUCCUGGCCCAGAGCUGGAGGCUUAGCUGGCAUAACGUUACCAAGCCGGG